GCUGCCGCCUGCUCUUGGCACUGGGUCGGGCCCUGGCUCCCCCCCUCUGUUUGCUCACGUCCUUGCUCUGCAGCGAAGGGGCAGUAGGAGUUCCAUGUAGCGCCGUGUGGACGCUUCCCCUGCAGGAGGCUUCUUGGGCUGCCCCUGCUGGGGACCCCAGACCUGAGUGAGGGUUCGGUCCCCCGCCCCCCUGCCCUGGGGACCUCCUUCCUCCCUGCCGCGGGCCUUCCGCAGAGUCCGUAUGGUGCAGAGCAGCCUACGCACCCCAGAAUUCUGAGUAUUUGGUGACAAAUAACCACAGAUAAAAUCUCAGACUGAGCGAGACCUUGGCUUCUCAGAGAGGAGCGUGGGGACAGAGUGACGUUAUUGUCAUUUCCUAACUUGAGCCUGGUAUGUCUUUCCUGGAUGGGAGCUGCUACUCGGGGCUGAGAGCGUUAAGAAAAGCUCAAGGCUCCGGGGGGUUCUGCACCGUCUGCUGGUCUCUGCCGUGCCAGACCGCCCAGGCCCGCAGUGCUGAGCCCCACCAUGGAAGACGGACGCGAGCUGGACCUCACCUACAUCACUGAGCGCAUCAUCGCCGUGUCUUUCCCCGCCGGUUGCUCCGAGGAGUCCUACCUGCACAACCUGCAGGAGGUGACACGGAUGCUGAGGUCCAAACACGGGGACAACUACCUGGUGUUAAACCUUUCCGAAAAGAGAUAUGACCUUACGAAGCUUAACCCAAAGAUCCUGGACGUGGGCUGGCCAGAGCUGCACGCGCCGCCCCUGGACCAGGUGUGCACCAUCUGCAAGGCGCAGGAGUCCUGGCUGAACAGUGAUCCCCAGCACGUGGUGGUCAUCCACUGCAGGGGCGGAAAGGGACGCAUCGGCGUGGUCAUAUCCUCCUACAUGCAUUUCACCAAUGUCUCAGCCAGUGCUGACCAGGCCCUCGACAGGUUUGCGAUGAAGAAGUUCUAUGAUGAUAAGGUUUCGGCUUUAAUGCAGCCUUCCCAGAAACGGUACGUGCAGUUUCUCAGCGGGCUCCUGUCGGGGACGGUGAAAAUGAAUGCCUCGCCACUGUUCCUGCAUUUUGUCAUCCUGCACGGGACUCCCAACUUCGACGCGGGUGGAGUGUGCCGGCCUUUUCUGAAGCUCUACCAAGCCAUGCAGCCCGUGUACACGUCUGGGAUCUACAACGUUGGCCCAGAAACCCAAAACAGGAUCUGCAUUGCCAUCGAGCCCGCCCAGCUGCUGAAAGGGGACAUCAUGGUCAAGUGCUACCACAAGAAGUACCGCUCGGCCACCCGCGACGUGAUUUUCCGCCUGCAGUUUCACACGGGGGCUGUUCAGGGCUACGGACUUGUGUUCGGGAAGGAGGAUCUAGACAACGCGAGCCAAGAUGACCGUUUUCCUGAUAAUGGCAAGAUUGAGUUGCUUUUCUCUGCCACUCCCGAGAAGAUUCAAGGGUGUGAACACUUGCGCAAUGACCACGGAGUGAUCGUGGACUUCAACACUGCAGACCCUCUGAUCCGCUGGGACUCCUACGAGAGCCUGAGUGCCGGUGGAGAAGUGCUGCACACGCAGGGCCCCGUCGAUGGCAGUCUUUACGCCAAGGUGAGGAAGAAGAGCGCCUCGGAUCCCAGCGUCCCGGGGGGGUCUCCAGCCAUCCCCACCGCCGGCAGCCCAGACCACGGGGACCACACCUUGUCCGUCAGCAGCGACUCUGGCCACUCCACCGCCUCCGUCAGGACCGACAGGACCGAGGAGCAACUUGCCGUGGGGCCCAGACGGGGCCUGAGUCCCCAGGAGAAGGCUGAGCUGGACCAGCUGCUCAGUGGCUUUGGACUGGAAGAUUCCGGAAGCCCCAUCAAGGAUAUGACCGAUGGUCCCAGCAAGUACAGUGGGACACGCCAUGUCGUGCCUGCUCAGGUGCACGUGAACGGAGACGCCACGCUCAAGGACCGGGAGACGGACAUCCUGGAUGACGAGAUGCCCGGCCAUGACCUGCACAGCGUGGACAGCAUCGGGACCCUGUCCUCCUCGGAGGGACACCAGUCGGCCCACCUGGGCCCCUUUGCCUGCCACCAGAGCAGCCAGAACUCCCUCCUGUCAGAGGGGUUUGGCAGCAGCCCUGGGGAAGAUGCCCACGGCAGCCUUGCCCCUGACCUGAGCCUCGGCGUGGACCCCCUGUACGAGCGGGAGCGGGCGUUCGGGCUCCGAGAGUCCAAGCAGCCGCAGCCGGCGCUCCGAAGGCCCUCUGUGUCCGCCCAGACUCAGGCCUACGGACAGAGCGGCUACUCCACGCAGACCUGGGUGCGCCAGCAGCAGAUGGUGGCCGCCCACCAGUACAGCUUUGCUCCCGAUGCCGAGGCCAGGCUCGUCGGCCGCGGCCCUGAGGACGGCUCCGGCCUGGUGCAGGCCCAGCCCAGGGUUCCGGUCACCCCCACCCGGGGCACGGGCAGCAGAGUGGCCCUCCAGAGAGGCAUGGGCCCCGGGCCCCAUCUCCCCGACGCACAGCGGCCCCCUCCCGGCAAAGCAUUCAAGCCCAGAUCUCCAGACGUCAGAGUCGUGAACGGGACUGGACCGGAGCCGAGUGCGGACCCCUCCCCAGGCUCACCCACCCUGGACAUCGACCAGUCCAUUGAGCAGCUCAACAGGCUCAUCUUGGAGCUGGACCCUACUUUUGAGCCCAUCCCCACCCACAUGAACACACCAGGCAGCCAGGCCAACGGCCCCAUGCCCCCCGACAGUGUGGGAGGCGGGCUGCGAGUGAGUGGCCUGCAGGACGUAGGAGACGGCCCGGGCAGGGCUUCUGGGCGGCAAGGCUCCUCGGGGGACGAGAUGCUGGGUGGAAGAUUCCGGAAGCUGAGCCUCGGGCAGUAUGAUAACGAUGCUGGGGGACAGCCGUCCUUCUCCAAAUGUGGAUGGGGAAAGACCGCCAGUGCAGACCAGGCUGCAGGCCUGGCACCUUUCCUGUCUCCAGCAGAUGCCAAGGAGAUGGUGGCUGCCGCGUACCCUCAAGACCCCAACGGGAUCAGCGGCAGGACCUUCACUCCAACCAAGGGUGGCACUGACUCCGCCUCUCCCACGCCAGCGUUUCCCGUGUCUCCAGAAACACCGUAUGUGACGACACCCCCACAUUAUCCGCCGUUCACCCCGCCCGGGCCGCAGGUGGGCAGCGCUGGCGGUCUGUACAGAGGAGCUCACGAUACUCGAGGCUGUGCUGAGAUCCUGCAUCGUGCGGUGGGGAUGUCCGAGAGCCCCGUGGGGCCCAAACCUGCGACACUCCGGGCCGACAUGCCGGCGGCACCUGCCUUUCAGCGGGCGUUCACGUCCUCCUGCACCAUCUCCAGCAGUAGCCCUGGCCAGCGGCGGGACAGCCCUUCGUCUGCUGAGCUCCCGUGGGUGGAGAGCAGCCCCAAAGCCACGCUGGCCCUGCUAGGGAGCAGCCGGCCAGCAGGAAGCCUCCUCGGCGCCGGAGAGUUCCCCAGCCCCGGCCCCGACGGCCCUGGGCGGCCCCACCUCCCGCCCGUGGAGCUCCAGUCCUCUUUCCACAACCACGAGCUGUCCCUGGCAGAGCCCCCCGAGGCUCUGGGCCCCCCGAGUGGCCAGGCCUUCCUGAGCUUCGGCACGGCCCCCGUGGGAAGCGGCCUUCCCCCCGGGGAGGACCCGGGGCCCUUGCUGGCCCAUUCCCAUGGAGCACCCCAGGCCCCCGGCACCCCGCGGACGGCAGCGGCAGCGGCUGACAAUGGUUUCCUGUCCCACGGCUUUCUCACGGUGACGCCUGGCCACAGCGGCCAUCACAGCCCGGUCCUGCCGGGCCAGGGCCUGAGCCUGCCCGGGCAGCCGCCCCUUCCCGAGAAGAAGCGAGCCUCAGAGGGGGACCGAUCUCUGGGUUCGGCCUCCCCGUCCUCCAGCGGCUUCUCCAGCCCACACAGCGGGAGCACCGUGAGCAUCCCAUUCCCAAACGUCCUCCCGGACUUCCCCAAGCCCUUGGAGGCUGCAGCGCCCUCCCCAGAUAAUCUGGGUGAUAAGCACGUGUCCGUGAACUUUGUCCAAGACACAUCCAAAUUCUGGUACAAGGCGGAUAUCUCCAGAGAGCAAGGUGCGUGGGCAGGACGGGACCCCAGGGUGGGGACGUCCGAGGGUCACGGCCUUGGGAUGAAGGGUUAGAGCUGACACCUUGUUAUACACCCCUGCGGAAAAUGCAAUGGAUUGUCCCAGGAAGGUGUUCCCCAUCCCCAUCCGGGCCCUGAGCCGCAUGGCCGACGGUCAGGAGGAAGGACAGAGGUCUCUCCAGCACCCUGGCUU